UAAGCAAAACACGUUUUUAUUUACGAAAACGAAAAUAUUUUAUUAAAAAUGGAAUUAAGUAAAGAUGAUGAUAUUAAGGUUGAUGAGUUUUUACCCUCAAAAGAUUGUAAAAAAAUUUUAAAGCGUGGUGCACCUGAAGAAAUGAAUGUCGAUGAAAUUUCUGGAAUCGAAGGUACUAAAAAAUCUGGUGUUUCUGAUACUAAGCGUAGAAAAACAAGUGAAACAAGAAAAAUUUCUAUACCACCCCAUAGAUAUUCUUCACUAAGAGAACAUUGGAUGAAAAUUUUCACCCCUAUCGUAGAGCAUAUGAAAUUGCAGAUUAGGGUAAAUACAAAAUCACGUAACGUUGAAAUCCGUAUAAGCCCAGAGACACCUGAUAUAUCAAAUUUACAAAAAGCCGCAGAUUUUGUUAAAGCUUUUCUUUGUGGUUUUGAAGUUGAAGAUGCAUUAGCUUUAUUACGUUUAGAUGAUCUAUUUAUUGAAUCAUUUGAAAUAAAGGAUGUAAAAACUUUGAGAGGGGAUCAUAAUAGUAGGGCAAUAGGUCGUUUGGCUGGUAAAGGAGGACGGACAAAGUUUACAAUUGAAAACGUCACAAAGACCCGUAUUGUACUAGCAGAUAGUAAAAUACAUAUAUUGGGAAGUUAUCAAAAUAUACAAUUAGCACGUAGAGCGAUAUGUAAUUUAAUUCUGGGAUCUCCUCCUAGUAAAGUUUAUGGUAAUUUACGUUCAGUUGCAAGUCGCAUUUCAGAAAGAUUUUAAAAAAUAAAGAGAUUUUCAUACAUAAAUUUCUUCUUGUUAUUUAAAAAAAGACAAACUUUAAUAUUUUAAAUAUGGUUGGAGUGUAUUUUAGUAUAGACAGACAAAUUUACAAUAAAU